UUGUCUUGGCUAGGACCACAAGUGAAGAUUCCGUUCACAACGACGAACAACGACGACAUAACGAUAUCUGACUCAAUUUCCGGACUUGUGUCGAACAUACCUCUUCCCGGGUCAGAAACUGAAGUUCAACAAGCCAACGUCUUCGCACACGAUAUGGAGAAUUGGCGCAGCAUCGACGUCCAAGAUGCCAAAGUGCUUAUUGGUGGUCAGCAUGUCAAUACUGGCCUCCUUACAAUUAUCGCGGAAGGACAUUUAGGGAAGGUGACAAUUACAGGAUUGUCCGACACGAAGAUGAACAAGCAAAUCCACGGGUCGACGGGAUUGGCUGCAAUUUCGGUGACAUCGCCGGACUUGUAUUCCAUCCAGGACAAUCCAACCGCGUUGUGGGUUGGAUCAAAGUCCACCUGGUUUUCCGUCAAUAUGGCCCGCGAGUACAGCAAAGUCUUUUCGUCCGAAGGACAUUCAAUCAGCAUGUUCUUCUCCGUUGUUGACUAUUAUCUCGAAGAUUCAUCUCGGCUCGAUCUCCCACUGUCUAGCCAGCUUCUUGAGAUCUUCGCACUGGACAUUGCAUCAUUUGGUACAGGUUCUACUCUUAGGGAGAACAUUCGUCUUUGCCACAAGCACGCUGCCUUUUUGGAACAUCAUAUGGCAAAGGAGCCUGCCCAAAUCGUCAAAGAUGGAAAGUUGAUUGAAUGGAGUAAAACUCCGUUCUAUGAGUGGAUCACCCAGGACAUCGAAAGCAAGACUAACGCGCUGAGCAAUGGCAUGAUCAACCUCAACGAGCUAAAGGAUAUGAUGGAAUUUGCUAGUGCCGGAAAUUCACACAGAAACUCGCCUGCCGAAGGCAUGGACGGACAAGGAGACGUCAAGAUGUCAGAUCCCGUGGACGAAGAAGAAGAAUAUCAAGAAGAGGAAGUCACACUCCCAGCACCAAAAGUUCAGACUGGAGGAAGAGGCCGAGUCUCAGGCACUCAUAAGGGUCCCUACAUUUCCCCUCAACUACCCUCGAGCUCCAAGAUCCCAGAUACGUUCGUGGAGAUCGCUGUCGCAAUGUCCUAUCAUUACGUUGCCACGAAUCGGGACGGCAAAACCAUAGAAACUCUGUCUGUUGCCACCGUUCAGAACGCCAUAUACCGAGACUACUCGAUCUCCAGGCCUGAGAUUGCUACACGACUGAUGCGCGAUCAUGCAAGAACCAUCUACAACGCUCUGCUUCCGGAAUUCAAGAAGGCGAAGAUCGGUCAAGAUUUGAUUGCUCUUGAGCCUGCUACUGGACAGAUUAAGUGUGCUAAGGAGGUACACGAGAAGAAAGCCAACGAGCAGUAUUUGAGGUUGAAGGCAGGGGAUGAGGUCUUGAAGCAACGGGGCGGAAAUGCUGUACGACAAGUCCGAGAAGUCCUAGAAGUCCAAGAAGUUCGAGAAGUUCGAGGAGGGCAAGGCUCUGUUAUGUCUGUUGCUAGUGAUAGGGGUAGCGGUGAUGGAUUUGUUGUUCGUCGAGACAAGCCUGGCUACAUCAAUGGAAAGCCGAUCCCGCAGCGCAUCAAACGCUCGGGAAUGUAUGACUAAUGAAGGAAACACUACUCUGGGGCAAAAUUUGGCUGGCGUUUGAUGUAGGAUGCAUUAGAGAGACACAGGUUGGCGUUAGAGAGUAUGAAUAAAAG